AUGCAGAAUUACCACGGUGAUCCCUACGAGCGGGAACCUCUCGACUCUCAAAACUAUUACAAUUCCUCGCCGCAGCGGCCCAUUCCUCCACCCCAUAGUUAUACACCAGCUGCUGCCCACUACGACGCUCCUGCGAGAUCAAACCACCCCAGCGCCCAUCCCGAUUCUUCCUAUAGUCGCGUGCAAGGCGGUUACGACGACUACCAUUCUCAAGGUCGCUCGGCUUCACCUUACGGAGGAUCGCCUGGCUACGAUAGUCCUCGACGCCCAUCACCUCAUCAAGGCGACCACGACUACCACGGUAAUCAAGGCUACAACACCUACGGGGGUGGCGGAGGAGGACAUUUGGGUAGUGGCAUAGGCGCAAUGGAACACUCUCGCUUGCCUCCACCUCCCUCACGGACACAGCAGAACCCGUAUGGAGGCAACGGAGGCUACGGUUACGGCUACGAUUCACCCCGUGGACCUCCAGGCUCGUCUUCAACAUCCCACUUCAAUGGAAGCGAUCCCUAUGUCGAUAAUCCUUACCAUGGAUACACCAACUCAAGAAACGGUAGCGCCAACCUGGGUGUAGUGAAUCCUAAUGAGAUUGCCGACGAUGGAGAUGAUGGACUGGAAUACGGAAAAAGUCAACGAAACUCGAUGCUGAGUCUUUCCAAUUCAGACCGUGCAAAGAGGGGUGCAUCUGCUACUGCUGCAGCUGUUGGAGGUGGCGCGGCUGCAGGCGGCCUGAUGAGCGGCAGAGGUGGAGCUUAUGAAAUGAAUGCGGCACGCGAGAAACCCUAUGGCUCGGCAGUUAAUGAUUCCGGGAGAAGUAAAAGGUGCAAAUGGCUCAUCAUCAUUCUAGUGUUUAUUGUUAUUUGCGGUGCCAUUGUCGGCGGUGUGGUUGGAAGCAUGGUCAACAAUGGAAGGGACGAAAGCAAAGCUGGCGGAGCAAAGGGAGAGUCGGCUAAGGACGAUACGAGAAAGAACGGUGAUCUCGGCAAGAACAGCGCCGAGAUCAAGGAGCUUCUCAACAACCCCGAUCUGCACAGAGUGUUCCCUGGCAUGGACUACACGCCGCUCAACUCACAGUACCCCGAUUGCAUGCACAAUCCGCCCUCUCAAAACAACAUCACUCGCGACGUUGCUAUCUUGGGUCAGCUCACCAACAAGAUUCGACUUUACGGUACAGACUGCAACCAAACCCAGAUGCUCAUCCACUCCAUUCAGCGUUUGGAGCUUGACGACACCAAGAUCUGGAUGGGUGUCUGGCUGGACAAGAACGAGACAACCAACGAACGACAAAUGAGCCAAAUGUGGGAUAUUUUAGAUGAGUAUGGUGCGGAUCCAUUCGAGGGCAUCAUUAUCGCCAACGAGAUUCUGUUCCGAGAGGAGAUGAAUAUUACCACAUUGGCAGAGAUUCUGGACGAUACGCGCAGCAAGCUCAAGAAGAAGGAUUUGAAGUUGCCUGUUGCCACCUCCGAUCUGGGCGAUGAUUGGACGUCCGAGCUAGCCUCUGACAGUGACUAUAUUAUGGCCAACAUUCACCCCUUCUUCGCUGGUGUCGAGGCAGAUGAGGCUGCCGACUGGACCUCUAGCUUCUGGAAGAACAACAAUGGUCAGUUUUGGAAGUCAGACAAGCAAAAGAAUAUCAUUUCCGAGACUGGUUGGCCAACUGGUGGUGGAACGCACUGCGGUGGCACCUCGACAUCUUGUACCAAGGGCUCAGUCGCUGGCGUUGACGAACUGAACACCUUCAUGGAGGAUUGGGUCUGUCAGGCCCUCAAGAAUGGUACCAACUACUUUUGGUUUGAGGCUUUUGAUGAGCCAUGGAAGGAGAGGUACAAUGAGAAGGGCAAGGAGUGGGAGGACAAGUGGGGUCUGUUGACUAUCGAUCGCGAGCUCAAAAAGGGAGUCAAGAUUCCUGACUGCGAUGGCAAGACGCUUAAGGACUUCAGCGCUUUUUCGUAA